AACAGCAGCUCGAAAUGAACGGACGCAAAAAUGGAACUUCCAUGCAACCCACUUCGAAAUUCACAUCCUCCAGUCGGAAGUCAGUACUUCAGGGAACCAAAAAUUUCGUCUGGGAUCGCGAAGAGUUGUCCUCAAAUUUACCGUACUUCAAUCGCAACUAUGAAAUUCCAUUCAAUCGUCCCCCUAAUGAGGUCAACUUUCUGGGUGGACUCGGCAGUAACAAAGCUCAUUACAGGUCAAAGGUUCACCCACAGCGGUUUUCAACCGUGCAGAAACUAAUGCGAAUGAGAACGUCCAAUCGAAUGCUGGAAACGUUGACCGAGGAUUUACGGAACGUGAACUUAUGUCGACACUCGGAGAAAAACCGCCAAAAGGGCCGCCAUAUUGGCGAAUUCAUCAACAAAAUCACUGACGAGUUGCAGCUGGCCGGAAAUGUGGAGAAAACAACGCCGUCCGAACAGUCGGAUGUACAGUUUCAGGCCAGUGCCAGGAAGAAUUUCUCCAACGAUGACUACAAGGAUAUGAUUCAAAAGUUGGACAAAAUGCUUCUGGAUGAUCAAGGCCCCCGAAGUUCCCAAGGCGCAUCGUUUCGAGACUGGGCAGUUCGGGAGCGAUUCAAUUUCAAGAACCGCAACAACAUUGAUAUGAUGCGACGUGAAAAGGAGAAUUUGGAAUCGGAGAUGGGGUCGUCGGUGGAUACGAAGUCCUGCGACUAUAUCACGUCGGAUGGGCGCCGCGUAACGAAGCUCAAGAAGGCAACCAAGAUUCCUCACAUCGAAGGACACAUGUAUGGUCCAUUUACGAAACUUCCUCGCUUGGAUCCACUUCUGGAGAGCGAAACGAAAUUCGGGAUACCUUUAAGUUUAUUGGUUCGGUCCUACCGAGAAAUGGAUUCAAUGAAGGAAGGCGAACGGAAUGUGAUCAAUACGAGAUUGUCCCACAUGAGGAUUCCGUUGUGCCCGAGAAGCAGCGAUGAGUCGUCCGACGAUGAUGAUAAGAUGGAGGAAGUUAAGAUUCUGUCCUUUUUGCGGACCCCGUACUUUCGAAUUCCGAUGGUUCGUACGCAGAAAAAGCGACGCAAGGAUCGGCUUCGCAGCCGUUGGUUGAAGAAGGAUCGUUUGAAAAGGAUCACCAUGUUGUUGUACGAUCGUUCGGAGGAGAAUAUGAAACAAAGGAAAAGAAGUGGUCUACACAAAGCCGGGUCAGAUACCGAUUCGGUAGAUUCGGCUGGGGUUAAGAAGAAAGCUGCGUCUAAGAAGUCAGAACAAGAGGUGCGACCGCAGUUGUCUGAGAAGCGAAAGCGCUACUACGAGUUCAUCGAACAAAAGUCACAGGAGUAUCGUCGUCUUUAUGAUGAAUGUCUGAAGCAGAGGAUGACAUCGUUUCAAGACUUUAGGAAUAUAGACUUGGAUGAUAAACUCUCGGAAACGUCGCGAUCGAAGUCAAGAUUGCAAAAACUGAAGUCACCAGAAGAGAUUAAGGAUCCACAGGAAAGGGCCACACUGAAGUUCCCAUCAAAUCGCUUUAAAAGCUUGUCGAGAAGUGACGGACUGAUGGGGUCCUUCUACAUUGAUCCAGAGUUUCAUGACAAAGCUAAAGAUUUGAAGAUGUAUAAGAAAGGCUCCAAAUAUUACACUAGUCUGAUGCGCAGUAAAGUCGACCUUCGUCAACGUUUGCAAGUUAAUGCACCGGAUUUUGAAGAAGAGCAACUUGGAUUCAAAACAAAAUUCUUCAACCGAUUAGCAACUGAGUGGGACAAUUAUUACAUACACGAGUUACGAUACCGUCCAAAGGUGCGAAAGUUUUGUCCUAAAACCGAUAUUCUCAAUAUGCGUGAGCAGCGCCGCAAGACAUUCCUGCAGUACUACAUUGCGGAGAAUCUGCUUAAGAUUCGGGAGAAGCAGAUGCUUGAGAAGAAAUUCGCCAAGUGGAUUAAAGACUUUUGCAAACAGACGAAGCCACUCUUCAAAGUUUGGAAAGACAAGGCUUACGAUAGAGUGCUGGAAAUGUCAGACCGCGAGAAAGAAGCUCAACAGGAGUCUAAACGAUUGAGGAACGUGCUUCAGGAUAGACAAAACAAAAUUGAGGCUUUAACUGAGAAAAUUCUCCUGCUGGAGGAACGCUGGACCAAGAUUAUGCAGAUGAGGAAUUAUUAUUAUCUUCUGAUGGACUCUCAAUGGAGACUGAAAAACGACAACUUGCAUAGAUCUCCUGACGGAAGUCUACUGUCUGUUUCCGACGCCGUGCACAACUGCAGAUCCCUAUUCAUUCGAACGGAGGGCGUCAACAUUGGAACGGAAAUCGCUGCAUUCUACAAGGAGCGCAUAUUUCCCAAACUGGAAAGCCACCCGAGCUGCACUCCCGAUCCGGCGUUGUUCCUGGUAGGGCUGGGCCAAAUCAAUCAUCGCACCAUCGAACUGAUUCAAAAGUACAACAACAAGUUGAUGGUGUUCAGUCGGAUCGAUUAUCACUACAAAGGGGUGCUGCAGGAGUUUCCACGGUACUUCAGUCACCAUAACGACAUGCUCGAAACAUACAACAGCAAGGUGAUGAUGAUACAGCGCAAGAACGAGGCCAUGAAGCUCCAGGUGCAGGAGCUGUUGGGCGAGCCGCUGAGGAAGUGUGUUAGCAACAAAACAAUGCGCGUUACGGAUUCCAUCUUGAAUCAGCUGUACGAUUUCAUAAGACAGUCGAAAAACCUCGACAAGGAAAUUGUGGAAAUCAGCAGUAUGGAAAAGUUGGCAAUUAUUCAUCAAUUUAUCGUGGAUUUAUUGGCAGACUUGGAUCAGCUUCCGUUGGAUAUUCUCAAAGCAUCGGAGCUGGAGGCUCGUAAGAACCGAAAGCAAGCACUACUGCAAGCCAACAAUGCUCUCAAGAGGAAGGAGGUGUUCGAUUUGCUACGCAAACAGCUGAGAUGGCACGUGAAGAAGUAAAUGGGUGAAAUCGAAUUAUUUGACACCGAUAACAUUAAUUCGCAUGCAAACUAUUUGAAAAGAUAUGUCAUUUACAUUGUCAUUCACACAACGUAACUUUUUCAAGAAACUUGUAUUCAAAGAAAGUAAAUGCAAGUUGAGUUUUGUGUCACGGAUAUCUCCUGCAAUUGGUUACACAUUUCUUAAGAACGAACAAAUUGGAGUCCAAAGCAAUGGUCGUUUCUCAGGGAAUUAUAUUUGAAUA